AUGGUCCUGUUCUUCGGGGACUUCUUCCAGUUCGACCCCGUCCUGCAGACCAGCCUCCUCUUGCCGGCGCCCAGGGACCGUGGCGGACAGAGACCGGAAAGCUUGGUGAAGCAUCUCGCAGCGCACAGGCUGUUCCUCCAGUUCACAACCGUUGUCAUCCUCCAGGAGCAGGGGAUGCCGGUCGUGGUGACUCAGAACCAGUUUAUUGGGCUGAAGGUCGUCAACGGGGCACCUUUCAAGGCCGUCGACAUCUUCCCCGAUCCCGCCGCCGGCACCAUCGCCCUCGCCAGCGAUGUGACUCUUCAUCUUGGACCGCCGGUGGCUUCCCUCCUUCAGUCAGACGAUAGCGCGGGCCUCGCCAUCCCCGGGCUCCCCAACGGCAUCAUCUUAUUCAAGAGCAAGACGGUCGCCAUCCCGAGCCAAAUGCGGGGCAAGGAGGGCGGAUGGAGGGGCAAGCCGGGUUUUCGGGCGCAGAGCUGGGACGGGCUGCAUCUGUUUCGGAAGCCGGCGCGCAGUGACUUCAUCGAGCCGAAGAACGUGCUUGAUAAAGACAUGAGGGACGCCAUCCUCAAGCUGGAACGACAGGGUGAGGAGACCAGACGGCGGUUCGAGCAAGACCACAGGCACGAGCCGUGGUUUCAGGAAUGGGACGCCAUGCCUGAAUUAGCGCAGGCUGCUGAAGCUGCUGACGAAGAUGCGGGGGUUUGCGGCGGUCCGCAUCCACCCGGCCAGAGACUUCCAGGGUUGCUGGUCGACGGGGAAGAGAACGAGGACGUGGCAUAUGUGUAUGCCUUUGCGAGGAGGGCGGUCGUUCUCUGGCUGCAACCAGGUCCUGCUCCAGCGCAAAAUAAUGGGGCGUACGGAGUCAAGCCGCCAUCACUGGGCAGUGUCAGCGCCACCUGUACGGAGUGGGUUUCGUCUGUCUCCUAUCUAUUAACGCCUACGCCUUGGAAGAAACGCAGUCCUGCACCUUGCCCUCUUCGUUCCAUGGGAAGGUUUCAGGCUGAGCCAGCGGACGAUAUACCAGGACUUUGGCGAUCGCUCGAGGGGCAGCUGGGCGCCCGAAUCCGCUCACACUUCCAGAACAUCGCUCUGCUACGCGUCUCGGCGGACGAUGCCCGUGCUGAUCGAAAGCUGCAAGGCCUUGAAGAGGACUCCGAGGACGCCGUGGACGGACUGGACUUUGGCGACCAAGUGGGCGACGAUGACGGCGUCGGUGAGGACGUGGAGAGUAUUAAUCCGCAAGCCCACCACGAAGCCUUCCUGGAUGUCCUAUCCGCGGUCCGACGUAGCGAAAUCAAGGAUAUGGCGGCGACCUCGGCCCUGAGGCGCUUGGACGAAGAGGCGAGGGCAGUUGACCCAAGCCAGGACGACAACAAUGCUGCCCAGCGUGGUCGCCAUUUCUAUACCAUGUUACAGGACCUCCAAGACUCGCCUUUCCGCGGCAUGGGAUUGCCCAGCCGCGAGGAGAUCGACGCGGUAUUGAAGGUCCAGAAGAAAGAGGACAGCAGCGUCACGGCGAAGAUCCAGGGCAGGUUUUAUGGGGCGGAAGUGGUCCGUGCUUGGAUCAUGGUUUUUGUCGGAAAAGGAACCUUUCGGAAGUACUAG